AUCCUGCCCAGCGCUUUACUCCCUUUCGAGAUUUUUCCAGCUGCCUCCCUGCUGGGCGAUCAGUUUGAAAACCACCAAAAAUGUGUGCAAAGAAGUCCCCUGCGGAACUGAAGAGUAUUUUUGAAAAGUACGCAGCCAAAGAAGGAGACCCAGACCAGCUGUCCAAGGAGGAGCUGAAACUUUUGAUCCAAACGGAAUUCCCCAACUUGCUCAAAGGCCCAAGCACCCUUGAUGACCUCUUCCAGGAACUGGACAAGAAUGGAGAUGGAGAAGUCAGUUUUGAAGAAUUCCAAGUCUUAGUCAAAAAGAUCUGCCAGUGAAAAAUCCAGCCAGAGCAGUACCCUAUACACCCAAAGAAGAACACCAAGGAUGGGGCUCUAUCCUCCCUGGGCUCGCCACUGUCACUGUUUAAUUCUUUGUCAUUAUAAUAUGCUGAUGGUGAGGCCCUAUUACUGCUAAUAAAGUCUUAGCUAUGUC